UUCAACAGGACUCCAAGUCUAUGAGGAUGGGGCGGGACAACAGAAGUCGAAGUACUCCUGUUUUUCCUAUCCCCGUUCUGAAAGGAAAGAAGAGGCUUGACCGAUAAGGGUCAAAACCUUUGGUUACUCAUUCCUAUGUCUUACCUAUGGCUUUUGGGUUGUAGAAAAACUGAAAAAGAUAAAAACUGCUUCACAUUACUCUGAUUCCUUUACUCUUAACUAAUCCCCGUUUAAAAUGAAAACCUCUUUUCUUUCUGCUCCAAUCUGACUCCUUUGAAAAAGGUUUUUGCUGCAGAUCACGUGCUUUGCUGUAUUGCUCAAGGGGUUGAUAUUGUUGAAGAUGGAACUGGUCCUUGCUGUUCUAAUAUUGGCUUGCUUGCAUUCUACUGUACAAUCUGAUUAUCAAGGAGAUGCACUAUACGCUUUGAAGAAUUCAUUGCAUGUUCCAAGCACUCUGCUGACUGAUUGGAAUCAAAACCAAGUUAAUCCAUGCACUUGGUCCAAUGUCAUCUCUGAUAAUAGUAACAAUGUUGUCUCUGUGAGAUUGUCAACCAUGAACUUUUCUGGAACCUUGUCCCCCAGAAUAGGAGCUCUGAGGAAUCUAAAAGAACUUACAUUGAAAGGAAAUAACAUAAAUGGUGAAAUACCUGAAGAGUCUGGAAAUCUUUCAAAUUUAAACAGCCUGGACUUGGAAAAUAAUCAUUUAACAGGUCAAAUACCAUCUUCACUUGGUAAUCUAAAAGAGCUUCGGUUCUUAACUUUGAGUCAAAACAACCUCAAUGACUCUAUUCCUGAGUCACUUGCAGAUCUUCCAAACUUGAUCAAUAUUCAGCUUGAUACCAAUAAUCUCAGCGGCCAAAUUCCUGCACGUUUAUUCCAAAUUCCUAAGUACAAUUUCACGGGAAACCAUCUGAAUUGUGAUAAAAAUCUUCCCCACCCUUGUGAAUCUAGGAGUAAUGAUUCAGGGGCUUCAAAGAAGCCAACUAUCAGAAUUAUAGUUGGGAUUUUUGGAGUUGUUCUUCUUUUUGGAGUGUUUUUGUUUUUCUGGUGCAAGGCUAAGCAUAAAGGCUACAGGCGUGAAGUAUUUGUAGAUGUUGCAGGUGAAGUCGACCGAAGAAUUGCGUUUGGUCCGUUGAAAAGAUACUCGUGGAGCGAAUUGGAGUUGGCUACCGACAAUUUCAGUGAAAAUAAUGUCCUUGGACAGGGAGGUUUUGGAAAGGUUUAUAGAGGGGUGCUUGCUGAUAACACAAAAGUUGCUGUGAAGCGAUUAACUGAUUUUGAGAGUCCUGGGGCAGAUGCAGCUUUCCAACGUGAAGUUGAGAUGACAAGUGUGGCUGUCCACAGAAAUCUAUUACGGCUGAUUGGAUUUUGCACAACACCAACAGAACGUCUUUUGGUGUACCCAUUUAUGCAGAAUUCGAGUGUGGCCUCUCGGCUGCGAGAAAUUAAACCUGGGGAGCCUGUUUUAGACUGGGCUAUGAGAAAAAGAAUUGCCUUAGGUGCAGCACGUGGGCUGGAAUACCUACACGAACAUUGCAAUCCUAAGAUCAGUCAUCGGGAUGUGAAGGUGGAUAAUGUAUUGCUUGAUGAUGACUUUGAACCAGUUGUUGGUGGCUUUGGCCUGGCCAAAUUGGUUGAUGUGAGACAGACUAAUGUGACGACUCAAGUUCGUGGGACAAUGGGCCACAUAGCACCUGAAUACUUGUCCACUGGGAAAUCAUCCGAAAGAACAGAUGUUUUUGGGUAUGGGAUUAUGCUCCUGGAGCUUGUCACAGGUCAACGUGCAAUUGACUUUGCACGCGAAAAUGCCUAUUUGCUUGACCUUGUCAGGAAGUCCGAGACAGUGAAGAGACUGGACGCUAUUAUAGAUCCCAACCUUAAUAGAAGUUACAACUUCCAAGAGGUGGAGAUUAUGAUUCAAGUUGCGUUGCUCUGUACACAACGAUUACCUGAGGCCCGUCCAGGAAUGUCAGAGGUUGUACGCAUGCUGGAAGGAGAGGGGCUGGCUGAGAGAUGGGAAGAGUGGCAGCACGUUGAAGUUACUCACAGGCAAGAGUACGAGAGGCUGCAAGGCGGAUUUGACUGGGCGAUAGAUUGCGUAGACAACCAGGAAGCAAUUGAAUUAUCAGGUGGAAGAUGAGCCAUCAGCCAACUAAAUGAAAGGGAAGAGCUCUUAUUCUGUAGAAGGAAGUUUUUUUUAGUGAUACUGGAGAUCUGCUGGGUUGACACCAGUCUGAUAUUUUUAGCUUGUGCUCUUCACAAGGACAUAGGAAAGACAACUUCUGGUUUUCACUCAUGUCUAAAUUAUGCAGAAAAGCUACAGUUUUUAUGUGUCUAUGGCUGUGAUACUAAUGGAUGCAACUGCUUUAACCUGCCAUUCUUCCAUUUGCUCCACCAUCCCCUUGACAUCAUCUUUGCAUGGAAUUUGCUUUGCCAAAAGAUACUCUGGUGUCUUCUCCAUGUCUCUAUGCUUCAUUUCUUCAAGGUUGAUGCCACACUUGAUACAAUCAACACCUGCCAUUGCCAAGCUUCUAUUGACAUGGCUUCUUCGGCUCGAAAUCUAACCUUAAGAACUUGCACAAUGCUUUUUAGCAGUAUUGUUAUAUCUUUCUGUGACUUGAGCCACUUGUACUUCACUUUCACUUUUUCAUGCACUUCAUUAAAUCACAAUCAAAGAUAAUUGAUUAACUAGUAAAAGUUGUUAGGGGGUAAUUGGCCUGUAAAAAAACCAAUAGGUAUGCAAUGAAUGUGUACUUACUAGUAAUUAAUUAUGUACAUGACACCACAUAUGGUCAUGUGAAUGCUUUCAUUAUGAGUUCUUAGUUUCUGUGUAACUUUUAGAUUUGGAAAAUGUA